AUGGUGAAGGUAAAGGCUUCCAAGUCGAAGCGCAUGUCUUCGAAGCAGCGUCACAAGAUUGACCGAAAAAAAAUUGAACACAAACGCGACCUGAAGAAGGCUGCCAAAGCCCUUAAGAAGUCUGGAAUAGCUCCGAAGAGGAGCAAGAAGUCACGCGACAUGGCAAAGCUGGCGCUGAAGGUAUCCAACCGUCACCCAGACAAGGAGCAAAUCCUCAGCCACGUACUACAGGCGCGGGAAACGGCGCGCGUGAUGAAGGCAGAGCGUCGCGCCCACAAGAGCAUCGAAGCCGAGGCCGACGGUGGCGAAGGGGACCAGCCAGUCAACGUCGGCGCAUGCGCUAGAAACCGACGUCAGCUACUGUACAUCUCCGCAACGGACUCGAAUCACUUUUGCGUGCAGUUCAACCGCGCGCUCACAGAGCUUGUCUUUCCAGCGGCGACGGCAGCCGAGGAUGCAGCCGAUGCGCUGAUACUGGAGUUGCCUGCGGUGGCGUAUGUUGUGACGCUCGACGCUCGGUUCGCGGCGCAGUCAAUGCCGUGGACCCUGUUGGACGCUAUCAUUGACCAGGCCGCUGACUACAUGGGGGGGCGGAGGGUACUAUUGCUCUUCACCCUGACCAAGGUGGAUAUGGUUUCCGCUCCCGCUAUGGUGUCGCAGCUCGCUCUCGUGGCCUUCGCCCUGCAGCAGCGCUACCCCCAAGGCCUCGGCGACAACAUCGUAUCAACCAUCACGCCUUUCUCAGUCCAUAGCGAGCGCACGCAGCGCCAGUUUCUGCGGGUGUUGAAUCAGUUUCGUCAGAGCGAGGGCUGCAGCAGUAAGAGGAUGGCUUCGAACUUGACGGGCAAAAUUUGCGCGUUUGUGAUCGGGCUGCCCAACACCGGCCGCCGCACACUGUGCCGCACCCUCUCGAGGGAGGCCAACGAAAGCAGUGUGAGCACCGUGCCGCUGCGCGCCGCCCAACUGCAGCUCAUCCGCUCCGGCCUCACUGAGGAGGAGGAGAAGGUGCACCGAAAGUUUGCCAUGCCCAAUGCCAAGGCAGUGACGCUGGUACAGCUCCCAGAGGAUGCCGGCAUGAUAAAGGAGCUGCGCACCCCGGUUGGCAGUGACGUGCUUUUCCGCUCUGUGGCGUUUGUGGAACGCGCCCCAGAGCCGGAGGCUAUGGGGUGUGUCUUGUUUGACGGGGUCGCGGACAAGGCAGCUAUGGCGCAGGCCUUUUGCGUGCCAGCGGUGGGCGGGGCUGAGGGUAGCGAGAGGAACCUGCUCAAGGAGGCGGGGAAGUUCCUGCGCGAGCUGGGCCGCGCUGUGCGUCGCGAUGGCGGCUUCCACGUGUCCCCGCUCUUCGCGUCGGACGCCAGCACCAUGGGCAAAGUGACCAGUAGUAGUCUCACCGCACACGGAGGCUUCAACUCGGGCCAGCAGCGCAGCCAGUCUACCCUUCUGGAUGUCACCUAUAGCAACGCCACACCAAGCAAGCUCGUGCACAUCUCGACUGUCAUGAAGAAAGGUAAGGGCAAGUCUAGCAAGUACCAGAAGGUCUCGCGUGCAGACGCGCACAACGCGCUUCGGCUUGGUGCCCGCACGUUCCUGCGCGAGAUGUCGGAGGGACGCCACGUGCCGUGGGCUGUCAUGCGAGCGCCUGGUGACGUCACAUUGACGCCUGCACAAGUCGGCGCUGCGUCAGAGAUCUUCUCACUUGCGGCUGCCGAGGGCAAGCGUCUUGCAGAGACGGACGAGCUGAAAGGGACAGACCACCUCAAUGCCCUCGUGGACGUUUUGGCGGCAGCGGUGCGCGACAUUGCGGUCCUUUUACCAAACGGCGUGGUUGAAAUGAGCCCCGACUUCCUGACGCCUCCUCAGUACAAGUUGGAGAAGGACGAGGCAGCCGCGGUUGAGGCUGAGGAUGAUGAUAGAGAGGAGGCCGCUGGUGAGCAAGGCGGCAGCUACGCUGAGGAAAGCCACAAUGAGGCGGUGGAGGGCAGUGAGGAGAUUGACAUGGACGACGACGAGGAGUCGUAG